AUGCAACCACCGCCACCACUUUUCCAUGUACCACAUCCAGAGCUGCUAGAGAGGGCUGAGGAGCCAAAGUCAGCAACGCCGGAGCUUCUGGACGUUGAGCAUCUGGCGUGUCUCAAGACUGCAAUUGCCAACAUUUUGGAUACGAAUAUUGCAGAGCAGACCUUCAGCCAGAUUGUGGAUGGACUUCCAACAAAGUCGUCCUUCUGGGAGCUGCAUUACACCUCCAAGGAUUUAGGGCAUCCCGUCGCGCAGCACGAGAGUCUCUGCGAAGGAAUCCUGGAGAAAACUCGACAGUUCCGAGCAGAUUUUGACCCUCUUUCACUAAGAUUUGAACCAUCGACGUUGGGGGUUUACCAAAAUUCGCCAUACGGUAGUCGAGCAUUCGCUCUAGCCUUGGUAGAACUAAUAGCUGUUGCAUGCCACCAGAUUGCUGCCUCGCUCUACCAACUGGGAGAUGGUAUUCACACCAAAGAAUAUGCCUCGUGGCUGGCUGAGGAGACAAUUCUUUACGACAAUGGACAUGAGAAGUACAAAUACUACCCAUUAGAACCUCCUGCGCCGUUCUAUCACGACCAAUAUUUCAUACAUGAACAAUACCCGCAGGGGGUCGCUGAUAUGGUAGGUUACUGGGCAGAGACCAUGAUUUUCGGGGGAGUUGUGCUUUUCGAUCGCAGCGACUGCGAUCCGGACAUCAAACAUGUAUACAUCCACGAAGGACGACUCAGAGGCCCCAAAACUAUUUACCCGCUAACCUCACAGCAAUUUGACGAAAUGAUGGCUUUCUUACUUCCUCAGGGAGAAACACCUACCUGUCCGUUGCCAAUUCACGGAAGUCCCGAGAACAGACCCCGUUAUGAUCCCUAUCAUGCAAUGAAAUACUUCAAGAUCUACAGAAAUCGGUACGAAAGAAUACUUCCGCCCAAAUUUUGGAGAAAAGAUGUAUUCUCGUCCAGAGAUUACCCGGAACUGGAUGACCGGCGGUAUCUACUUCUUCAUUUGUACGAGGUUGGGGCGGGAGAAGUAGAGCGUGAUGAUGAGCUGGUGAAAUUCUAUGAGGAUAGAUUGAAGUGGAUAUCGCCCUCGUCGCCUUUAUGGAGCAUGGGAGGAGACUACGACUAG